UCUAGAGGGCUCUGCUAAAAUCUUUCUUUUACAGACAGGCAGGUGUGGGAGAUAAUGGCAGACAAAUUUGGGUUUUACCAAAAGAAAGAAUAUGAGAUACACUCAAAUUCUACACCUUCAUCACUUUCAUCGUCUUCUUCUUCUUAGUUUUAAAACCCUAUUCCCUAUAUAUCACUUGAUCAUCAAGAUUCAAGAAUCUCAUGCACUGAAUCGUCAUGGAUGGUUUCAGCUGCACCACCCCAUUUAUUCUAUACCCUUCUAUUUUUCUCGUUCUCUUUUUCUCUACAAUCAACCAUCAAUACCAUAUUCUCACUCACCUUUCUUUUUCUUCUUCUCUUUCUAAGCACUCUAAUACUUCUCAAGAAACGCCAGAACUCACCAUUUCUACAAUGCCAAGCGCAGCAGCUCCGAGCGAUAAUGCUGUUCAAUUGGAUAGUCGAUUAGAGGAAAUGGAAGCAGGUUUGGCAAGAGCAAGAGCAGCGAUUCGAGAGGCGAGUCGAACGCGUAAUUAUUCAUCUCACAGGAAGGAAAGCUUCAUCCCUAGAGGAUCCGUGUACUUAAACCCUUAUGCCUUUCAUCAGAGCCACAUUGAGAUGGAGAAACGAUUUAGAGUAUGGACAUACAGAGAAGGAGAGCCACCAUUGUUUCACGAUGGCCCAUUGAACAACAUUUACUCCACUGAAGGACAACUCAUAGAUGAAUUGGACAGUGGCAAGAGCCUGUUUUCAGCUCGCCAUCCUGAUGAGGCACUCGCAUUUUUCCUUCCUGUCAGCAUUGUUAGCAUCGUUCGAUACAUCUACAGACCUUACGUCAAUUAUUCGCGCCAUAGAAUGCAAAAUAUUGUCAAGGACUAUAUUGAAACUGUUUCCUCUAGAUACCCAUAUUGGAAUAGAACCAGUGGAGCUGAUCAUUUUCUGGUUUCUUGCCAUGAUUGGGCACCAGAUGUUUCAGCUGCCUAUCCUCAGCUUUACAAGCACUUCAUAAGGGUUCUUUGCAAUGCCAACACCUCUGAAGGAUUCAUACCUGCAAGGGAUGUCUCCUUGCCAGAAAUCUACCUCUCAUUUGGAAAGCUGAGCCCGGCACCCCUUUUCCUUCCUUCCAAGAAUCGAUCAAUUCUGGCUUUCUUCGCCGGAGGCGCUCAUGGAAUUGUAAGAGAUAUACUAUUCAAGCACUGGAGAGGCAAGGACAAAGAUAUUCAAGUUUAUGAGGGUCGUCUCCCUAAAACCCUAAAUUACAGUGAGUUAAUGAGCCAAAGCAAGUUUUGCUUAUGCCCUAGUGGAUGGGAAGUUGCAAGUCCAAGAGUGGCUGAAUCAAUAUAUGCAGGUUGUGUUCCAGUGAUAAUUUCAGAUUCAUAUGUUCUACCAUUUAGUGAUGUUCUUGAUUGGAGCAAAUUUUCAAUUCAUAUUCCAGUUGAAAAGAUACCAGAAAUUAAGAAGAUUCUGCAGAGUGUUCCAUUGGAUGAGUAUCUAACAAUGCAAAAAGGAGUCAUUCAAGUGCAAAGGCACUUCAUUCUCAAUCGGCCAUCAAAGCCCUAUGAUGUUUUCCAUAUGGUUUUGCAUUCUGUAUGGCUUAGGAGGCUUAAUAUUAAGUUUCCAUUAUAGUUCCUUUUGUAUACAAAUUUCUUUACUAUGAUGAUAUAUUUUGAUCAAUUAUCAUGUAAAACUAUUCCACAUAAUUGAAUAUAUGUGAAUUAAUUAACGCUUUA